GACAAAAAUAAAAUAAUUACAAAGAAAUAUGUUUUUUGCACACUAAUAAUUUUACUCGGGUAAUAUUGAAUAAAUAUAAAUCUUUAAAAAAUGAUAAGGGUUUAAUUUUAUAUCUUAAGUAUUAUUACGUGAGAUGAUUGUAUCAAUUAUUAAUUUACCGCUUUCCUGCUUAACAUGUUAUAUUGCAACAUUUUUUGUUAUUGUCGUUUUGUUGUUUAUUUUAUUGCUUUAUGUCACCACAAAUGAUGCAAUUCCUAUUGUUAAUGUUUUUGAAUCUGAGCAAACAUUCAUUGAUCCAAAAAAAAAAGAUGUAGAGGAAUUUCCCUUUAAUCAACAACUUGGAACAAUUUCGAUUUCAGUUAUUAUUCCUGCUUACAAUGAAGAAAGUAGAUUGCCAAUUAUGUUGGAUGCGGCUUUAGAAUAUUUAUGUAAAAGGCAGAAUACUGAUAGUUUGUUUUCGUUUGAAAUUAUCAUUGUUGAUGAUGGCAGUAAAGACAAUACAACACAAGUUGCUCUUCAAUAUGUGAAUAAAUAUGGAUCUGAGAAGAUUCGUGUAUUGACUUUAAAAAAGAACAGGGGAAAAGGAGGUGCAGUAAGAUUAGGAGUUUUUAGCAGUAGAGGAUCGAAGAUCUUGUUUGCUGAUGCCGAUGGUGCAACAAAGUUUUCAGACUUAGAUAUUGUUGAAGCUGGGUUAGAUGAACUGCAUGGAGGAAAAAAUAAUAUGGCUAUAUCAAUUGGAUCUCGUGCUCACUUGCAGGAAGAAGCUAUAGCAGAAAGAUCUCUGUUCCGAAACAUUCUUAUGUAUGGCUUUCAUUUUCUUGUAUAUGUUUUAUGUGUAAAAGGUAUCAAAGACACUCAGUGUGGAUUUAAGUUGUUGACAAGGAAAGCAGCCCUCACACUUUUUUCCACAUUACAUGUUGAAAGAUGGGCUUUUGAUGUCGAAUUAUUGUAUGCUGCUCAAUACUUAGGAAUUCCCAUAGCUGAAAAAGCAGUAAAUUGGCAAGAAAUAGAAGGUUCGAAAAUGGUGCCCAUUUUUAGUUGGCUUCAGAUGGGAAAAGAUUUAUUGCUCAUAAGAGUUCGUUACGUCAUAGGAGCAUGGAAAAUAUGGACAGGCCCGCCAAACCUUGUUAUAAUGCAUUAGAUUUGUUACAUGAUUAGACUUUUCAAUAAA